AUGGAAAAUUUUAAUUAUGAAGACUUCUACAACUAUACUUACGAGGAGGUCCUCAUGCCUCACGAGGCAAGUGUCUUCGAGCACAAAUCCAGCUGCCCGGGGAACGUCCUUUGCGUCUCUCUGCUGGUGAUCAACGCGGUCCAAUUUGUGCUGGGAUUUUGCGGCAACGCCUUGGUCAUCUGGAUCUCUGGAUUCAAGAUGAAGAAAACGGUCAACACCACGUGGUACCUGAGCCUGGCCAUCUCCGACUUUGUCUUCUGCACAUUUCUGCCUUUCAUCAUCAUCAAUAUGGCGAUGGAGAAGUGGAUCUUUGGAUUCUUUUUGUGCAAGUUUACCAGUUCCGUGCUGUUCCUCAACAUGUUCAGCAGCAUCUUCCUCCUGGUCAUCAUCAGCAUCGACCGAUGCGUGUCCGUCAUCUUUCCCGUCUGGUCCCAGAAUCACCGCACUGUACGAAAGGCUUCCCUCCUCGUCGUCCUCGCUUGGGUUCUCGCCAUCGGUCUCAGUCUUCCCUCUGCUGUCUUCCGCGACGUUCAGAGUCAAAUGGGAAGGAGCAUUUGCUACAACAACUACACGUCGCCGCAGACUCAUAAAAUAAUUGCCAUGAGCCGCUUUGUGGCAGGCUUUGUCGUGCCUUUCGUCGUGAUCAGCAUUUGCUAUUCGGUCAUUAUCCUCAAACUUCGUAUGAACAGAAUGACCAAAUCGUCGAAACCCUUUAAAGUCAUGACGGCGCUCAUCGCUACUUUCUUCAUCUGUUGGUUGCCCUACCAUGUGUUCAUCCUGCUCGAGAUAAACCACCAACACUUCAGUCAAGAUGUCCUAAAAGCCGGACAACAAAUCGGAACCACUCUGGUGGCAGCCAAUAGUUUCCUCAACCCGGUGCUCUACGUGUUCAUGGGGAAUGACUUCAAACAAAGUUGUAAGAGCUCCUUGAUGUCAAAGAUGGAGAACGCCAUGGGAGACGAAGGUCGCACCAUUAGCCGCUAUCUGUCCAGGUCCAGCUCGGUAGACGCCAAGCUUUCCACACACAUUUAA